AUGAAAUUCGGAGUUCUGUUGUUGAUUUUCUCGACUCUAGGCAUAUUUGCUAAGGAUGUUACGAAAAUUCAUGAUUGGGUAUCAAAGAACAUUCAAUCUCUUGAGAAAUAUAUAUAAGAAACCGAUAUGACAAGCGAUAUUCUGUUAGGCGUUCAAAGAAAUGAUAAAGGCAAAAACUUUUAAAAUUGGAUAUUUUCUACUAAUCAUAAAUAGCAUAUAGAAUUAACAGAUGGACAAAUCAAGAAGACAACUGCAUUCGGUCCAGAUUCUGAGUACUUUACAGAAACUACAUAAAACUUUGUUUUUUUAGGAACAUAAAUAAAGGAUAAGGAAUGGAUAAAGAUCUAAAUGAAGAAAGGUAAUGAAGAUACUUAAAGAAUUGAUAUGUUUGCUUAAGACAAUUAUCAAGGUGUCAGUUUAAUCAAUUCUAAUAAUGAAGGGACAAUGAAUCGUUUAUUAAUAGUAGAAAAAAUGAAUGAAAUUAUUUCCUCAUAUGAAGAACAAGGAAAGUCAACAAUUAAAAUAUCAAAUUUAUCAGAAGGCUAAUCCUUAUUCUAUAUUCUUUACAGUCAAAAUUCAGAGGUCAGUGACAUUGAGAAGCUAUUUAAUUACAUCGUUAAAAACGUCAUCGACCUUGAAAAGGAACAUGAUAUUAAUGCUGAUGAAUAACCAGUUACCUAGGAUGAUGGAGAAGAAGAAUCAGAUCCCAAUGGACAUGAAAAAUCUGACUAACCCAAAAAGGAAGGAGAUGGUGAAGAAAAUUAAGUUGAAGGUUAAGAAUAAGAACACGAAUAAGAGCAUUAGGAAGUACCUGAAGAAGAUUGUCCAGGAGGAGAAGAAGAUGAUACUGCGAAGAAUAAAGUUGAUGUUGAUGACACUAAACAAUUGCCAUCUUAGGAUGAUCCAAAAAAUGUGAAAAUAUAAACAAAUGGUGUUGACUCAUAAGAAAAAGAGGAAGUAAUUGAAGAAUCAGAAGAAGAAGAUGAGGAGGUCGAUGCUCCACCAAAAAAGAAUUAAGGGUAGGAUGAAAAUAGUGAACCUGAGCCUCCUUCUGAGGAAUAUUAGAAUUGUGCAGGAGAAGAGUUGGAUACAGUAAAAAAUAAGAGAGACUUGAACUAAAACUAGGAAUCCAAACAAGGGAGAGUAUUUUAGGCAAAAGAAGUGUCAAUCAAAGACACAAUUCAUGAAGAAGAAGGUGAAGGAGAUGGGCAGACAGGUGAAUAAGGAAAUACUUAAGGAGAAGAAAAGCCUGAUGAUUCUGAAGGAAAGACUGAAGGAACAAAUGGAGCAACAGAUGAUGCUGAAGGAAAAACUGAUGAUACUACUGGAACUGAGGGAAAGACUGAUGCUGCUGAUGGAACUGAAGGAAAGGCUGAAGGAACAACUGAUGAAUCCGAAGCAACAGAAGGAAAAACGGAUGAUACUAAUGGAACUGAAGGAACAACACAUGAGCCUGAAGUAACAGAAGGAAAAACUGAGGGAACAACUGAUGAGCCUGAAGUUACAGAAAGUAAACCUGAUGAUACCAAGGGAACUGAAGAAACAUCGCAUGAACAUGAACAUGAGCAUGAUGUAACUGAAGGAAAGACCGAUGAUACUAAGGGAACUGAAGGAACAACAGAUGAACAUGAAGUUACUGAAGAAAAGACAGAUGCUACUUAGGGAACUGAAGGAGCAACAGAUUAGCAUGAAGGAACUGAAGGAGCAACAGAUUAGCAUGAAGGAAAGGCUGAUGAUACUUAGGGAACUGAAGGUACAACGGAUGAACAUGAAGUAACUGAAGGAAAGACUGAUGAUUCUUAAGGUACUGAAGGAACAACAGAUUAGCAUGAUGGAACAACAGAUGAACAUGAAACAACUGAAGGAAAAACUGAUGAUACCAAGGAAACUGAAGGAACAACCGAUGAUCCUGAAGUAACCGAAGGUAAAACCGAUGAUACUAAGGGAACUUAAGAAACAUCACAUGAACAUGAACAUGAACAUGAACAUGAACAUGAACAUGAACAUGAACAUGAACAUGAACAUGAACAUGAACAUGAACAUGAACAUGAACAUGAACAUGAACAUGAACAUGAACAUGAACAUGAACAUGAACAUGAACAUGAACAUGAACAUGAACAUGAACAUGAAAUAACUGAAGGAAAGACUGAUGAUACUUAGGGAACUGAAGGAACAACAGAUUAACAUGAACAUGAAAAUGAAGUAACUGAAGGAAAAACCGACGAUGCUAAAGAAACUGAAGAAACUACAGAUGGAUAAGCAGAUGAUUAAUCAAAAACCCAACAUGAAAAAGAAAAUCACAAAUAGGAACCAGAAGAACCUUGCGUAAUUUUAUACUCAGAAUGCCAUUUCACUGGUGACGAAUUAAAACUGUGCGGUGCUCACCCUGUUAUUCCAAAUGAUAUGAAAAACUUUAAAGUGAAAUCAAUAAAGGUUCCCGAAGGUGUUUAGGUUACAUUCUUUAAUAAGCCUAACUUUGAUGAUGAAAAAUUACAUGCUAAAAAUGAGAUGGAAUGUCUUGAAACACCUUUAAGAUUGAAUUUACUAGAAUUGAUGAAUAACCUAAGAAUGUCAAAGCAUAUUAAUAUAAACUCUAUAUCAGUUACAAAUUGAUAAUUGAAUAUUUAGUUUAUAUUUACAAAAAAUAUUCUAUAAUAAGCAAUUUU